AUGAAUACAGCAGAAAGACAAGAGAGUGUUCCUUUGAACAUGCGAUAUCUAAUAUUAGCCGCCUCUUUUCUGUGCCUUCCCCUUUUGGUAGCUGAACAGCGUCUUCUUAUGGAGAGAGAAAUACUUUGCUCUUUCGUAGGGUAUAUGGCAGGACCGUAUCUAGCCCUGGCUCCUCUUUCCUACAAAAUUCGAUUUAUGAUAGGAAGCGCGUCAGGCGUGGUCCCAUACCUCCUCUCCUUCAAUAUGUACAUGCGCGCCUUCUUCCUAGGUCUUAUUGUCUCGUAUUACCGGAUGGUGAUUGAUUUGUUUUGUUCAGCGCUGUGUGUGAGAACGAGAAAGAAAACCGUGGUAGUUAUGGCAAACCUAGUGGCUAGCUGGAUAUCCUUUAUCACCUUCUUUUCUCUGCACUUCUGCCCGUCUUUGGCCAGUUUUAUAUGUACUCCUGUUUUCUCUAUUAUUUUUGCCUUCAUUGGGACAGCUGUUUCAUACAUGUACAUCAUAGAAACACCCGAGGAAAUAUUCCACAGAUUCAGAGAGAAUUCAGAGAAAAGCAGUGCAUACGAAGAUCUGUACAGCUGCAUCUCCUAUCUAAACGGGCCUGAUGCGCCUAAGCCUGAAGAGUUCAGAGAAGAGUACAAGGUUUUCCUAGAUAAGAAAAAUCAGCUGGAAGAAAGUUUUACUUUUAAGGAAAAACUCUCCGCUAUUUUCAUAACUGUAAAUAUUUCCUUUAUCUACAUCGCAUUCCAGAGGGCAUCUGGAGUUGAGAACAGGUAUUCGCUGUACCGCAUAUUCCUGGGGGCUAUGCAUCUCUUCUCCUGGUCCUUUAAGUAUUAUACAUCCAGCUCCAGCGCGUUCUAUGCAGCCGUAAUACCUCCCAUGGCUCUAUACUUUGUUUGUGUUAGCACCAACAACACACAGGACAUAUUUCUUGUCUUCAUCAUGCUUCUGGGAAUCAACUUUGUUCCCAAGACCCCGCACGGGUACACUUUAACGCCCAUUGACAUCGCUUUUUCUCGGAGCAUCCAGUACUUCUUUGUUCUUAUUUCGUUUUUGAUUAUUAUGUUUGCUGCUCUGUGA